AUGUCGUUGACCAAUUCAACUCCGUGUUGUUCAGAAAACGAUCAACACCACAAUCAAAAUGUUGUUGUCCAACCUCUACUCACAGAUCUUUAUCAAAUUACGAUGGCCUAUUCUUAUUGGCUAAGUGGAAAACAGAAUGAUGUUGCAGGUUUUGAUCUUUAUUUCCGCAAGAAUCCGUUCCAAGGGGAGUUUACCAUCUUUGCUGGCUUGGAAGAGUGUGUUAAAUACUUAAAGAAAUUCCAUUUCUCUGACAGUGAUAUUGAAUACCUUCGCACAGUUCUUCCCAAACACACCCAUCCAGGUUUUUUUGACUACCUCAAAGAAAUGAAUGUAAACAGUGUCACGAUGUGGGCCAUUGAUGAAGGGACUGUUGUAUUCCCUAAAGUUCCACUCAUUAUGGUUGAAGGCCCACUUCCCAUAGUUCAACUGCUGGAGACUUGUUUUUUAAACCUUGUCAAUUAUGCCAGUUUGGUGGCUACCAAUGCAGUUAGAUUCCGUUUGGCUGCAGGUCCUGAUAUGACGUUGUUUGAAUUUGGAUUGCGUCGUGCCCAAGGGCCUGAUGGAGGCAUGUCUGCUUCUCGUUACUGUUACAUGGGAGGCUUUGAUGGAACCAGCAAUGUUUUAGCGGGGAAACUCUAUGACAUUCCUGUGCAGGGCACACAUGCUCAUGCCUUUGUCAAUUCAUUCAUCAAUUUUGAAAGUUUGAAGUAUAGGCAACUGAAGAAGAAAGAUUCUGAUGAAAUGGUGGACUUCUUGGAACUUUGUUUGAAAUGGCAAGAUACUCUCUCAAAUGAAUUUGGGUUUUUAAAAGAUCAAGUUAGCGAAGGUGAACUUGCUGCUUUCUGUUCCUAUGCGAUUUCCUUUCCAGACGCUUUUCUUGCUCUCAUUGACACCUACGACGUGGUGAAGAGUGGUCUGCCUAAUUUUUGUGCUGUUGCUUUAGCCUUGCACGAAAUUGGAUAUAUCCCAAAAGGAGUUCGGCUUGACAGUGGUGACUUGGCCUACCUCUCCCAUACCUCUCGUAAGAUGUUCCAAGUGGUGGCAGAAAAAUUUAAUAUUCCAAUGUUUGCUAAACUGACCAUUGUUGCCAGCAACGACAUCAAUGAAGACACAAUCCAUUCACUAAACCAGCAGACACAUCAGAUCAACUGUUAUGGCAUUGGAACUCACCUGGUUACUUGCCAAAAACAACCGGCCUUGGGAUGCGUAUUCAAGCUUGUUGAGAUUAAUGGUAUUCCUCGAAUUAAGCUGAGCGAAGAACCAGAAAAGAUCAGUAUUCCUGGAAAGAAAUGUGCCUAUCGUCUAUUUGGAGCGGAUGACAUAGCCUUAGUAGAUGUAUUAAUGAGAGACAAUGAAAAUCCGCCAAAGGCUGAAGAACGGGUGUUUUGUCGCCACCCAUUCCAAGAAACAAAGCGUGCUUAUGUAAUGCCAACACGAGUUGAGCCACUUUACAAAGUUUAUUGGAAAAAUGGCAAGGUUCAACAAAAUUUACCAACUCUUCGUGAGAUGAGAGAAAAGACAAUUUCGUCUUUGUGUCACAUACGACAGGAUCAUAAGCGUGCCCUGCAACCCAGUCCAUAUAAAGUUGCAGUGAGUGCAAAACUCUACACAUUCAUGCACAAUCUCUGGCUGGACAAUGCUCCUGUUGGGGAGUUAUCUUAG